AAAUUCAGAUAGCUUCCUACUCGCUCUUCCCAACUCCAUACAGCUAAGCUGCACUUCUAUUCUCAACUUUUAAUCCACCAUCCUCUUAAUUUCUUCUUGUAAUUAUUGAUUUAAGGGUGAUUACUUCCAACCCCAUACAGCUAAGAUCUCUUCCAUGGAAACGGCGAACACAUUGUGAGCACUGAGCAGUAGGGUCCGAAACUGUGCUUUGACCGGUUUAUACGGCAUUGGGCACAUCCCGGUUUCCACAUGCAUCGAACCGGACGGUCCGGUUCGGUUUUUAAAACAUAGCCUUCUUCCUGGGCUUCUCAGGAUUCUUCUCCCCAGUUCCACCACUCCUCCUAGCUACAGGUAUUUCACUUCUCUUCUCAGAAUUUUAUCUCCUUCAAUAUCUCUACCUUCCAAUCAUGUUCUGCUUUUGUUAAUCGAGUGGACAUGGUUUAUUUUCGCCACUCCUCCUAGCUACAGGAACCCAAAAGCAGAUCCAAUAGCUAGCUGAUGCGCCGAUAGUUGAACCUCCCAGGGUCAGUCAUGACAGAUUCCAAGCACCCCCGCCUCGUCCUCCCCAACUUUUUAUCUCUGGAUCUCUGCAAGGAAUUGCAGUUUAUUCAUAAGAGCUGUUGCGCAGUUGGGUACAGAGCAAAUGUCUUCUCAACAACCCUCUCUCAUCUGAUUGCUACUAACUGCGCUCAUUUGAUCAUGCCCAUUAUUCCUAUAAGAGAGAGGCUGAUGGAUGAAGUGGAAGCGUAUUUUGGGUGCAACCUUGAACUGUAUGUUGAAUUCACUGGACUCUUAAGUUGGUGUAAAGGAGCUAGCAUUGGUUGGCACAGUGACAACAACAAACCUUAUCUUAAACAACGGGACUUUUCGGCAAUUUGUUAUUUGAAUAGUUACGAUGUGGACUUCAAAGGAGGGGUAUUUCAUUUUAAGGAAGGGGAGCCUGCUAACAUCUUGCCUAUGGCUGGUGAUGCCAUUUUGUACACAGCCGAUGACCGAAAUAUCCACUGUGUUGAUGAGGUAAUAGAUGGAGAGCGCAUAACACUCACUUUAUGGUUUAGCCGUGAUGCAUCUCAUGAUGAAGAUUCCAAACUCAUCUCACUUCUCUCAGAAAUUUCGGUGCACAAUUUUAAUGACAAAUGUGAUUCAAUUUUACCAAUUCCAGCGCCCAUUAAUAUGCAUUGGUUCCCUCCAGAAGAAGACAUAGAGUACUCUUCAUCGGGAUUUGAUAUACGGUGUGGAAGGUUGCAUGUUAUGGGGUUUGAGCUUUACUCAUCUCUGGGCGUAAGCUUAUGCUCUCCAUCCGAAAAUUCCUCCAGAAGUUUGUUAAAAUUACUCCAAGAACCUCUCCAGCUGGCACGAAUGGACGAGUUGUCUUCUAUCAAAUUUGCAAAUGUAACGCAUGCCCUUCAGGUGGUGCUAUUUUAUUUUUGGAAGUUCUUGGAUUUGAGGAUUGAACAGAAAAUGACACCUGCUAAGGUGACCCUGAUAUAUGAAAUGCAAAGAGCACACAUAAAUGAUUUGAAACACAUUUAUGUGAGGGAUGCCCAAGUGGCAAAGACACUGUUUGGGCUCCAAUCAGCUCUCAAGGACAUCCAAAAUGAAUUUGAUUGGGCUAGCUUUUCUUCUGCAGUUUCUGAAUGGGAAGACUAUACUUGCAAGUUGCACAACGAACUUCUUUUGAGCUUAUCGCAGUGGAGGUCUCAUCAAUUUAUUUUCUGUUCUCCACAUGCAAAACUUGAACAACAAUGAAUUGUAUAUACAUGUUUGGUCCUUAGCAUGUCAACACACUUCUAUUCAAGUUUUGCAUGUGAAGAACAGAAAAUAAAUUGAUGAGACCUCUGUUGUGAUAAGCUCAAAAGAAAUUCGUUGUGCAAACCUGCAAGUAUAGUCUUCCCAUUCAGUAUCCGCAGAAGAAAAGCUAGCCCAAUCAUUUUGGAUGUCCUUCUGCAGUUACUGAAUGGGAAGGUUAUACUUGCAGGUUGCACAACGAACUUCUUUUGAGCUUAUCACAGUGAAGGUCUCACCAAUUUAUUUUUUGUUAUCCACAUGCAAAAGUCGAAUAACAUUGUAUUGUCAUGCUAAGGACCAAACAUGUAUAUACAAUCCGUUGCAUUUCAAGUUUUGCAGUGCAGAACAAAAAACAAAUUGAUGAGACCUCCACUGUGAUAAGCUCAAAAGAAGUUCGUUGUGCAACAUGUAAGUAUAAUCUUCCCAUUUAGAAACUGCAGAAGAGAAACUAACCCAAUCACCUCUCAAGGACAUCCAAAAUGAAUUUGAUUGGGCUAACUUCUCUUCUACGGUUUCCGUUUCUGAAUGGAAAGAUUAUACUUGGAGAUUGCACAACGAACUUCUUUUGAGGCCUUAUCAAUUUAUUUUUUGUUCUCCAUAUGCAAAACUUGAAUAGCAUUGAGUUGUAUAAUCAUGUUUGGUCCUUGGGAUGACAAUACAAUUUUAUGUACAAUGUUGGGUGAGAUUGUCUUAAUUAGAAGUAAUAUGUUUUCGUAUUCCAUAAAUAGAACCAUAUAUUCAAGUAUUUCUUUUUAGGAGUGAAUAGCUAUGAACAUAUCCAUCUCCUUAAUUUAAGGAAAAAUUGUCAAAUUAGUCCACAUACUAUUUUGAAAAAGUCAAUUGAGUCCAUGUAGUAUUUAUCAAUCAAUUAAGUAUACAAAGCCUUCAAUUUUGCCAUUAAAUAUUUCUUUUUGUACUGCUUUUUUCUUUUCGUUUCCUCUUCUUUUCUCUUUUCUAUUUCUUUCUUCCUUUUUUCUCUUGCUCGUACUAUUCAUUUGUCCCUCUUUUCUUUUUCCCCUUCUUCUCCCUGCAACUCCUCCCAUCUUCUUCAUCCCUAUUGCAUCUACAUAAUGGCCUCACUCACCUAGUCACCUUCAUUCUUUCGAGUAGUUCAACCCCUUCUUCUUCCCUUUUUAUUAUUUUCUCAUCCUUUCUUUUCUUCUCCACUCUAUUUCUUCUACCCCACCCAACCUUCUAUCCCCCUUCUUUCAUGCCCAGAGAAGGUGACUAUGGCAACAUGAUGACAACAGCCCUUGCUCUUCUUCAAUGGCAACAUGUGGCGACAGAGAAGGCAACAUCAACGGCAGUGAUUGAUGGUGAUGGCGGCUACAGAGAUCGUCGACGAUAGAAACACAGAAAGGUAGAAAGAUAGAAAAAAAGCUAGAGGGGGAAGAAGGAAGAAAAAAGAGAAUGAGAACAAAGAAAGAAAAAAGAAGAGAAAUAGGAAAAAGGGGAAAAAACUUGCAGGGAAUCGGAGAAUGAAGAAGACAAAUUUUUUAAAAAAGGAAAAAGAUUAUCUAAUGCCAUACAGACGGCCAAAUCAUCACUUAGAGGGAAAAAAGGCACGUGGAUGAUACACGCAGGUUGUAUAAUAGGGAAACCGAUCAAUUAUCACCAAAAGGGAAAUUUGGUCGUCUUUAGACAUUUUGUAGACUUAAUUGAUUACAUAAAUAGUACAUGUCUACAUGAACUCAAUUAAUUUUUUCUAAAUAAUAGGUGGAUUGAUUUGAAGGUUUUCCUUUCUUAAAACGAGGCAACUUUAUGAAGGUCAGAAAGUUGAUUCAACCAUCAACGUAAGAUCGGAAAAAUAUUUGAGAUUGCGUCUCAUGAAGAAUGACACCGAUAAUUUAAUUUUGUUGUUGAUUAGACUAAUGGUUGGAAGAUUUUGCGGUUAAAACAAUUUGUUUGAUUGAGAAAACUAGGUUACCUAAUUGCAACUUAAAUGACAAUGAUUUGUAUACAUCUUAUUUUAAAUUAAAAUCUUAUAAUGAUCAAUGAGAGUUAGGGCAUUUUAGAGAUAAGAAAAAGGUUGGUGUAAUCAUUUAGCUUAAUGAGAUGGUACUAUACGUUUUACCAUCUGUACUCUAUUAAAGAAAUCUAAUUUUCCAUUUUAUUUCCGUCCAAUUGCCCUCUCCAUUACACGUGCCUUUGUUAUCGUCACAGCGUCAGUAAGUACACCUUCCGUUUCCUUCGUCCCAGCUGCCCACAAACUUGCGGUCACAUAGCCAGUGGCGGAACUAGGGGGUGCGAGCCGGUGCUGCCACCCCCGAAGGUUUUAGUGUGUAUAUAUGUACAUGAAUAUGUCCAGCCCCGUCUUAACAGUAGUUAUAAAUAUUAACAGGCCCGUAUCUCAUCAAACAAUUCGAGUAGCACUGAUGGUUGGAGUGCUUCUAUCAACUGCAGGAAAUGCAGGUUCGAAUCCUGCUGUCUUUCAUUUUUGGUGCUAAUUUUUGUGAUGUUAUACUACUGAUACUCCGUAUUAGUUUUAUUAAUAUUUUUCCUACCACUUGAAUUACUUUUAUGUUAAAUUUUUAUUUUUUCAAUUCAAACCAUUUAGUUUUUACUUUUUUCGAAUAUUGACAUGUUAUAUUUACGUUUUCUUUUGAAUACAUUAAUGGUAAAAAUGACUUUUAACUAUUUCUUCCCUUUUCAAACAUUGACCUAUAUUUUGUCAAAAAAAACAUUGACCUAUAUCAUUUUAUAUGGACUCUAUCAAGAAAGUUU